AGUCGUCACUCAUUUUAAUAGUCCCUAGUCCCCCACCUCUGUCCCUUCUUCCCUCACUCUCCCCGUCUCCCGUGUGGCUCGAUUCCAAAGUAUAAAAAUCCAAAAACCUCUCACCCGUCACUCGGAAUCAUCACGCCAAAGCAUUUCCCCCCUCCAUAACUGCUCUCUCCGAUCUCCGUCUUCCAUGUUCUUCAGUCCUUCAAAACCCUAGCGCGCGCGAACUGUUAGCAAUGGCGUUCUGGUGGCCGUUGAUUGUACUAGCUCUCGCUUACGGCCUCUGUCGCUUCUUGUUCAUGCUCAUCCCCGUCAAUGUGCCUUCGAUCGACGUCGACGUCUCCGACGUUAUGGAAGGGAAUCAGGCGCAGGAGAACAGCUUCAUUUACAUACCGCCGAGAGGAAGGACGCAGCAGUCGGAAAAGAAAGUUCAGUGCUAUGAACCUGCUACCAUGAAAUACUUGGGAUACUUCCCUGCGUUGUCGCCUUCUGAGGUCGAGGAACGAGUUGCUCUGGCUAAGAAGGCUCAGACAGUGUGGGCAAAGAGCAGCUUCAAGCAGCGACGCCAGUUUCUGAGGAUUCUUCUGAAAUACAUUAUCGAACACCAACAGCUCAUUUGCGAAGUUUCGUCUCGUGAUACUGGAAAGACAAUGGUUGAUGCAUCUUUAGGAGAAAUAAUGACCACAUGUGAGAAGAUUACUUGGCUACUCUCAGAGGGUGAGCGGUGGCUAAAGCCUGAAUACAGAUCAUCUGGGAGAUCAAUGAUUCACAAAAAAGCUAAGGUUGAGUUCCAUCCCCUCGGUGUUAUUGGUGCCAUUGUUUCCUGGAACUACCCCUUCCACAAUGUCUUCAAUCCAAUGCUGGCAGCAGUCUUUUCAGGCAAUGGCAUUGUGAUUAAGGUAUCAGAACAUGCAAGCUGGUCAGGCUGUUUCUACUUCAGGAUAAUCCAAGCAGCUCUUGCUGCUGUUGGUGCUCCUGAUAAUCUGGUUGAUGUAAUAACAGGGUUUGCUGAAACAGGAGAAGCAUUGGUGUCUUCAGUUGAUAAAGUCAUAUUUGUUGGAUCUCCUGGUGUUGGUAAGAAGAUAAUGAGAAAUGCCGCGGAUAAUCUCGUCCCAGUUACACUUGAGCUCGGAGGAAAGGAUGCAUUCAUUGUCUGUGAGGAUGUAGAUGUGCCUCAUGUCGCACAAGUGGCUGUUAGGACCGCCCUCCAAUCAUCUGGACAGAACUGUGCUGGGGCCGAGAGGUUUUACGUUCACAGAGACGUAUACGCUUCAUUUGUCAGCGAAGUUUCCCAGAUUGUAAAAUCUGUUUCAGCCGGUCCGCCACUUACCGGAAGGUACGACAUGGGAGCGUUAUGCAUGCAAGAGCAGUCUGAGAGGCUUCAGAACCUCGUAAAUGAUGCUCUGGAAAAAGGAGCAGAAAUUGUUGCUAGAGGAAGUUUCGGUCACCUUAGUGAAGGUGCCGUCGAUCAGUUCUUUCCCCCGACGGUGAUCGUAAAUGUCAACCAUACCAUGAAGAUAAUGCAAGAGGAGGCGUUUGGACCAAUCCUGCCCAUCAUGAAGUUCAGCACCGACGAAGAGGCGAUCAAGCUUGCGAACGACUCGAGAUACGGGCUCGGUUGCGGUGUGUUCUCCGGCAGUCAGAGACGGGCCAGGGAGAUAGCUUCACAGAUACACACUGGAAUCGCCGCUGUCAAUGAUUUCGCCUCCUCCUACAUGUGCCAGGCAAUAUUCUCUCGCCUUGUUCACUUGAUUUUGCACAAGCUCCUAAAAUGCCUUGGAUUACUAAGAUGGGUUGUUAUAUUGCUGCGGACUGAUGCAUUGCCGUUGUUUCAGUCCUUGCCGUUCGGCGGCGUUAAAGACAGUGGAUUCGGACGAUUUGCCGGCAUCGAGGGGUUGCGAGCCUGCUGCCUAGUGAAGUCGGUAGUUGAGGACAGGUGGUGGCCCUACGUUAAAACCAAGAUACCCAAGCCAAUUCAGUAUCCUGUUUCGGACGGUGGUUUUGAGUUCCAAGAGUCGCUUGUGGAAGCAUUGUAUGGGUUGAACAUACGGGAUCGUCUGCGGGCGCUGGUUACCGUUCUCAAGGCUCUAUCCGAGCAAAACUCCGGCAGUAGCACCAGCAAGCGAAGUGAUUGAGGUAAGCCUGUUGUCACCUGGGCUUGGAAAGCUUGACCACCUGUUGUACUAACCGGCUACUUUGGAAGUUGGAACAGGUUAGGGAGUUUAGGGUUUUUUCCAUUUUUCCAUGGAUAAUCGUUGCGUUUGUCUGGCGCGAAAUAUAAUUGUUGAUAUUGGGCCACACGUAAAGUUGUUCUCUGGGCUGGGUUCUGGACUUCUGGUCGGUUAAAUGGAAUUUGAUCUAAAUCUGACUUUGGCAGAAUAUUUGGUUUCAUUGAAAAAAUUAGAACUAAGGAUUAAGAUAGAUUGAAAUUAGUUGGACUAUGGUUUAGUGGUUCGAUUCUACUUACUGUUACGAUGCUCACCAUUUGUGUUUCAUAAAUAGAACUAUUUGG